AUGGAUCAUUCACCGCGACCUGAACUCGGAGAACGUUCUGGACAGGGACUGGACAGCUGGAGCGUCGGCGUGAUCGUCCUCGUUAUGUGCGUCCGUGCGGGCGACGCAAUCGAAGGCCGCGUGCUGAUCGGGCUCACGCAGAGCACCCCGUUCGACGCGGACCCGCAGAACGUAGACAUCCGCACCAUCGUCGUGACCCGCGGGACGCUCCUGUAUGAGUGCGACGUGAGCGAACAGGCCGAGCGGUCCAUCCGCGCGCUCCUCGCGUCCUCCCAGAGCGAGCGCAUGUCGCUCACCGGCGCGCUGAACCACCCAUGGCUCGCGGCCGAGGCGGAGGGACGGCCACGCGCCGUCGAGCCUACGCUCCGCCGCGAGCGAGGGGAGCCAGCGCGGCAGGCGGGCGAGAAGCUCGCGGCGCCGUCGCAGGACAUGCGUGCGUGGGCUGCCGAGGCUUCGGGUGAAGUCGGUGGGGGGCCUGUGGAGGAGCAGGUGGAGGAGCCCGAGCCUCGCGCGACAAAGGGGGCGACGCCGACGCGAGGAAACAAAACGCUCGAAGGCGACAAACGGGUUGGGAGGUCGUCGACGCGCAAGGGGGCGAAGCGCAAGUCAUUGGGGGAGGAGAGUGACGACGAAGGAUACGGAGACGCGGCGUCGAUGCCCCUGCAGACGCAGGAGCAGGAGGACUCUGAAGGGGAGUGGCGUGUGGCGAAGCGGCCGCGGACGGAGCGGUUAGAGAUAUCUGUCGCGGAAGUGGAGGGUACGGACUAG